CUGCUGGAGCCUUUGUCGUGCUCCCAGGACUUCAGCACCCGAGACAGCUCCCAAAACUCUCCAGAACACUGCUCAGCAAGAGGUGCAGAAAUGGAAACCAGAAGUGAGCCCCAGCUCCUUGUGCUCCUGACACUUUUCAGUGUGCUCUUCUCACAGACCCUGGCAUGGCCUCUUUUUGGAGCACCUUCUGCUCUGAGGUUGGGUGACAGAAUACCAUUUGAAGGAGCAAGUGAACCUGACCAAGUUUCAUUUAAAGCAGAUACUGACAUCUUGCAGAAUGCAUUAGCUGAAAAUGACACACCCUAUUACGAUGUAUCCAGAAAUGCCAGACAUGCCGAUGGAGUUUUCACCAGUGACUUUAGCAGACUUUUGGGUCAACUUUCUGCAAAAAAGUACCUUGAGUCCCUUAUUGGCAAACGAGUUAGUGCUAACAUCUCUGAAGACCCUGUACCAAUCAAACGUCACUCAGAUGCAGUCUUCACUGACAACUAUACCCGCCUUAGAAAACAAAUGGCUGUAAAGAAAUACUUGAACUCAAUCUUGAAUGGGAAAAGGAGCAGUGAGGGGGAAUCUCCUGACUUCCCUGAAGAGUUAGAAAACUGA